AUGUCGUCAAGGCAGCUGCAGCGGCUCGCCGUCACGCCGCCGUCCGAAGACUCGGACAACGUCGUCCCGGGUUCGCGUUACACAAACCGUCAAUCGCCUUCGUCCUCAAAUCACCAGUCCCCCGCGGAAGCAGCCCCGCAACGCGCCCACCGGGCCUGCGAAAAAUGCACCAGGACGAAGAAGAAAUGUGACAAGGGCCUGCCCGCCUGUUCGAGAUGCACCAGACUCGCCACCAACUGCUGCUACGACUUUGUCGUCAACCCGCCAUCACUGACCAUCGUCGACCAUGGCGUCGCGGCCCAGCAGCCGUACAACGCGGCUGGCGAUCCGGGCUCUGCGUUCGAGUGGCUCAAUCAGGUCGACUUCACCGCCAGCCAGAUCAUGCAGCUUUUGAUCAGCCGCGGCGUCGACUGGAAGGCCUCAGUCACGAUGUAUUUCGGUACAAUCAACACAUGGCUGGCCGUCAUCCACCCCGAAGUCUGGGAGAGACGGGUCGCUGCCGCUCAACUCGAGACGAACCCUGACGACGUUGAUCUAGCCCUCAUGGUCUUGUGCAUCCACCUGCUGACCAUUUGGAACUGUGACGAGUUUUCCCCGACUGCCAUGCUUGAGCAUCCUCUGUAUCAAUCAGCCAAGAGGAUAUGGAUUCUGAGGAAAGCCUUCAGCAAAGCCAAGAUUGAGCACAUCCAAGCGGGCGUCUUGAUCUCUCUCUAUGAGCUCGGUCACGGUAACAUCUCCCGCUGCUACCAGACUUUUGGUGAGGCGGCUGCCAUUGGCAAGGUCUUGUAUUUGAAGCCUGGAAAGUACGUCAAGGAGGAAGAGGACUUGCCUGCCGACCCCGAGGAAGAACAGAAGCGAGCCCUCUGGUGGGUUCUCGUCAUCAUGGACAAGAUUUCCCAUGAGCAAUCUGCAACCCUGUGGACGCCGCUCCAGAUGGACAUGCCCGCAGAAGACGACCUGCUCCCAACCGAACACCACCUCUGGGAUACUGAACAGAACAAAACAGUGAAGAUGGUCAAGCGGUAUCCGGUGACCAUACCGGCUUCAGUGCGAGUCGGCGCGUUUCAAAGGUCGUGCCAAGCGGCAAUUCUCCUUGGCUACGCUUGCCAUUGGGAGGUGGCCAGCGCCGAGCAGGAAGAGCCUCCAAGCGUGUACUCAUUUGUGCAAUUGGAGACAGCCACACGCAACCUCUGCGAAGCUCUCAUCACGCGAUCUGAGACAUGGGGCGAAAACCUCAACACUUACGCCCUUUGCGCAAGUCUCUUCUGUCUUCUCUUUUACUCCUUCAUGUAUUCGGCCAACCAUCCGGACGCACCGGCGCGCGACCCCGAGACAGACAUGGAAAUGAAGAAAGCCGUUGCUGGCAUCAACUUCACCAUUGGCCUGGUUAUCGAUGGCUCGAGAGGCAUUUUUAAUGCGUACACCAACCAAGAUGAGGUCUUGGAGCAUUGUGCGCCGGUGUGGCCUUAUGCACAGUACCACACGAUGCAACUUCUAUUCCAUUACGAAGCCUUGCUGGAAGAUGGGCAAGGCCAACUAGCAGAAGUCAGGCAGAGUGUGGAGAAUACGGCAAAGCGAUGGGGCUGUUGCCGCUGGUUGUUGGAGGAGUUUGAUAGGGUCCAGGCUGCGAGGAGCGGCGGAGCCACGAUGUGCAGGAAGUGCACGCUCGGAAGUAGGGCUUGCGGACACUACCCAUAUUCCGACUGA